CCUUCAGUUCACAGGCCAACACUCUAUCCACUGAGCCAAACCAGUUAGGCAAAACAUUUUUCUUACUGUAAAAAUAGCAGAAACUUAUUCUUAUUUCUUUUGACUUUGAAAAAUGGCCACAACUGGGAAACAACUGUUGGAUCCAGCUGGAUUUGAAUACAAGUCCUUGCUGAUUUGUGAACCUCAGUUUCAUCUGAAAAAUGGGGAUCGUUGCAGGGUUCAUUUCCUCAUUUAACAAUUAUUUACUGAGUAUGUACUAUGUGCCAGACACUAGACCAGAUUUGGGGGUUCCAACUAUAAUUAAGAUAGACAUGGUUCUGCUCUCAAGGAGCUUAUAGUCUAAAGAGUCAGGUAUUAAACAAAUAGACUAAUUAUAAAUCAUUAAGGACAUUAGAUACAGACUAAGGGUGACAGGAUGGGGAACCUACUUUAGAUAAAGUUGUCAGUAUGGGAAACUGAGGAGGUGACUUUUAAGUUGAAAUGUAAUAAAAAGAGGGGAGUAGAUAUGUGACGAGUUGAGGGAAAACAUUAGGCAGAAAGAAUAGUAUCACAAAGGCUGGUUGGAAGCCAGUUCUAGAAUAUGGUAAGGGAAGGGGGUUGAUAGCUGUGACAAGGUUGGAAAGGCAGAUGAGAGCUCUGUCAUAUUUGUAGGAAUCAAGAGACCAGUUAGGAAACAUUUGAGUAAUCUAAGCAGUAUUUGGUGGUAGCUUAGCCUGAGGUUGUGGCAGAGUCAAUAGAAGUAGACAGAUUUAAUUAUAUUUUGGAGAUUGAGCUCCUUGGUAGACUGGACAUAGGAUUGAAGGAAAAGGAAAGAAUCCAGGGUGAUUCUUGGGUUUCUGGCUGGAAUAACUUGGUGACCAGUAGUGGCGUCUAUAAAGUUGAAAAGGUCGGGGAAGAAGCAGGUGAAGGAAGCCUUGGACUCUGGAUAGCACCAUCAGUGAAGAGAACAGAGCUGUCAUUGAGAAAAUGUUGUUGGAAGAAGAGUAUUAUUUAUCUAAAAAAUCACUUCCAGAAAAAUUCUGGCUUGGUCAAAAGGAAGAUGAUAAAAAAUACAUGAAGAGUCUGCAGAAAACAGCAAAAAUCAUGGUACAAUCUCCUACAAAACCAGCCAGUUUCUCAGUAAAGUGGACGAUAGAAGAAAAAGAGCUGUUUGAACAAGGGCUGGCUAAAUUUGGCCGAAGGUGGACCAAAAUUGCAAAGCUAAUUGGAAGUCGAACUAUUUUACAAGUGAAGAGCUAUGCCAGACAGUACUUUAAAAAUAAGGUAAAAUUAGAUGGUCCAGAGAAGGAAACACCAAAUCAGAAGAACAGCAGUGAUUUUCAGAUUAGAAGUGAAGAUGAAAGCUCAAAGUCAUGGACCCCAUCAAGUUUAAGGGGACGUGCUGAUCCCAACUUGAAUGCUGUAAAAAUUGAGAAGUUAUCUGACGAUGAAGAAGUAGACAUCACAGAUGAGGCAGAUGAGUUGACUUCUCAGGCACCUCAGGAGAAUCCUAGUAGUGAUAUUUUAUUAGACACCCCUAAUAGUAAAAGUAAUGAAACCUACCAAGGAGAAUGUAUUACCUCUGACAGCAAGGAAGAUCCCAUUUCUAAAUCUUCCAAGGAAUAUCUUCAGAAUUCAAAGCACGUUGAGAUGGAAACACUUUCAAGCUCAGGAAUUAAAUUUUGGACUGAAAAACAGAGCACCAGUGAUAAAAAAUCAGUUGAAUUAAAUGAUCAGAAAUGUAAUAAACUGAUGAAAAACUGUGAUAAGCAUAAUGGAAAUGGAAUAGUAGAUGAUACCAGGCUGUUGCCUUCUCCGGAGCCUUGUGAAGUUCAGAAAGAUUUGAGUGAUCAUGAAAUGCUUUUUCAUUCUUGCCAAAUGGAGGAGGAGCACCAUGAGGAAGAAGAGCUUAAGCCACCGGAGCAAGAAGUAGAAAUAGAUAGAAAUAUUAUUCAAGAAGAAGAAAAACAAGCAAUUCCUGAGUUUUUUGAGGGGCGCCAAGCUAAAACACCAGAACGCUAUUUGAAAAUUAGGAAUUACAUUUUGGAUCAGUGGGAGAUAUGCAAACCGAAAUACUUAAAUAAGACCUCAGUACGUCCUGGCCUGAAGAACUGUGGGGAUGUUAAUUGUAUUGGACGGAUUCAUACAUACCUCGAAUUGAUAGGAGCAAUCAAUUUUGGAUGUGAACAGGCUGUAUAUAACAGGCCACAACCAGUUGAUAAAGUACGAAUCAGAGACAGAAAAGAUACAGUAGAAGCAUACCAACUUGCCCAGCGUCUGCAAUCCAUGCGCACAAGGAGGCGUAGGGUCCGAGACCCAUGGGGAAAUUGGUGUGAUGCAAAAGACUUAGAAGGACAGACGUUUGAGCAUCUCUCUGCUGAGGAGUUGGCAAGAAGAAGAGAAGAGGAAAAAUGCAAACCUAUUAAAUCUUCAAAAGUGCAAAGACCAACAAAAAGCUCAUUUGAUCCCUUCCAACUGAUACCUUGUAAUUUUUUCAGUGAAGAAAAGCAGGAGCCAUUUCAGGUGAAAGUGGCUUCAGAAGCACUUUUAAUAAUGGAUUUGCAUGCUCAUGUGUCUAUGGCAGAAGUGAUUGGUCUCUUAGGAGGAAGAUACUCAGAAAUUGAUAAGAUAGUCGAAGUCUGUGCAGCAGAACCAUGUAACAGUCUGAGUACAGGACUGCAGUGUGAGAUGGACCCUGUCUCACAAACACAGGCCUCGGAAGCCUUGGCUGUCAGAGGCUACAGUGUUAUUGGCUGGUACCAUUCUCAUCCUGCCUUUGAUCCCAACCCUUCCCUACGAGAUAUUGAUACCCAAGCCAAAUACCAGAGUUACUUCUCCAGAGGUGGUGCCAAGUUCAUUGGAAUGAUUGUUAGUCCCUAUAAUCGAAACAAUCCUUUACCAUAUUCCCAGAUUACCUGUCUGGUUAUAAGUGAUGAAAUUAGCCCUGAUGGCUCUUAUCGUGUACCUUAUAAAUUCGAAGUACAGCAGAUGUUAGAAGAACCUCAGUGGGGAUUAGUGUUUGAAAAGACAAGAUGGAUAAUAGAAAAAUACAGGCUCUCCCAUAGCAGUGUCCCUAUGGAUAAAAUUUUUCGCCGGGAUUCUGACCUGACUUGUUUGCAGAAACUUUUGGAGUGUCUGAGGAAAACUCUGAGCAAAGUGACAAAUCGCUUCAUCGCUGAAGAAUUCUUGACUCAAAUAGAAAAUUUAUUCCUUUCCAGUUAUAAAAGCAUGCAGGAGAAUGGAGUGGGUGAAGACAACUGUACUGCAGGUCCAAAGGAAUUGUUAAUGUAGUGAUUUUAAAGUAAGACAUUUUAAUCUUGACGCAAUAGGUCCCACUGCCAUUUACAACCUUGAAUGAUUGUAAUUUAGUUAACAGUGACACAGCUUUGAUACUUUUCUCUAGUUCACAAAAUCGGAACUUUGCCACAUAAAUCAUGUGACAGAAAGAGAUAGGGACUUGUUUUUAUGUAGUGAGUACCAGAGUUUGUGUAAAUGGGUUUGCCAUAUUGCUCCUGUCCUGUGAGCAGUGGCCCGCAAGCAGAGCAGCAGACUGAAGGGCUGUCUGCUUUACUGUUGUAUUCAGGUUGAUAAGCAGAAUGUGUCUCUAAUUUUUAUUUCUCCCUGAACUAGUCAUUCCAUUUUUGGGAUCUCAUGUCUCAUUAGGAGCACUUCCAUCCUUUCCAUGUGUUUUGGUGAGAUUUGUUUAUGGUUGCAAAUGAGAUAUGGAUGGGUGGUCCCAGAGGUAAUUAACGUGGUUGAAAAUUACUGAUUCAAUAAAUCUAACAACAUGCUAUGUGAGGCCGGGGGGGG